CCCCGCGGAGGGCGGAGGGCGGCGGGCUGCCGGGACCCGGGCGGCGGCGGCGGCGGCGGCGGCUGCAUCGGCGGCGGGAGCAGCAUGGAUUGGGGCACCGAGUUGUGGGAUCAGUUUGAAGUGCUUGAGCGCCACACGCAGUGGGGGCUGGACCUGUUGGACAGAUACGUGAAGUUCGUGAAAGAACGCACGGAGGUGGAACAGGCUUACGCCAAGCAACUGCGGAGCCUGGUGAAAAAGUACCUGCCCAAGAGACCUGCCAAAGAUGACCCUGAAUCCAAGUUCACCCAGCACCAGUCCUUCAUGCAGCUUCUCCAGGAGGUGAAUGACUUCGCCGGCCAACGGGAGCUGGUGGCUGAGAACCUCAGUUUCCGUGUGUGCCUGGAGCUGGCCAAGUACUCCCAGGAGAUGAAGCAGGAGAGGAAGCUGCACUUCCAAGAAGGACGGCGGGCCCAGCAGCAGUUGGAAAAUGGCUUCAAACAGCUGGAGAAUAGUAAGCGCAAAUUUGAGCGAGACUGCCGGGAAGCGGAGAAAGCAGCCCAGACUGCCGAGCGGUUAGACCAGGAUAUCAAUGCCACCAAGGCUGAUGUGGAGAAGGCCAAGCAGCAAGCGCACCUUCGGAGUCAUAUGGCAGAAGAAAGCAAGAAUGAAUAUGCAGCCCAGCUACAGCGCUUCAACAGAGACCAGGCCCACUUCUAUUUUUCACAGAUGCCCCAGAUAUUUGAUAAACUACAGGAUAUGGAUGAACGACGAGCCACCCGCCUGGGGGCCGGGUACGGGCUCCUGUCUGAGACUGAGCUGCAGGUGGUCCCCAUCAUUGCCAAGUGCUUGGAGGGCAUGAAGGUGGCUGCUGAUGCUGUGGAUGCUAAAAACGACUCCCAGGUCCUCAUCGAGCAGCACAAGUCAGGCUUCGCCCGCCCGGGCGACGUGGAAUUCGAAGACUUCAGCCAACCCAUGAACCGCGCGCCCUCGGACAGCAGCCUGGGCACCCCAUCAGAUGGCCGGCCUGAGCUCCGAGGCUCUGGCCGAAGCCGUGCCAAGCGCUGGCCCUUUGGCAAGAAGAGCAAGCCUCGCCCCACAUCCUUCUCCCCCAUGGGGGGUCCCCUACCCUCUGCCUUGCCUAAUGGACCCCCGUCCCCCCGAUCUGGCCGCGACCCCUUGGCCAUACUGAGUGAGAUCAGUAAGUCAGUCAAACCGCGGCUAGCAUCCCUCCGCAGCCUCCGGGGCAGCCGUGGGACAGUGGUGACAGAGGAUUUUAGCCACUUGCCCCCAGAGCAGCAGAGAAAGCGGCUCCAGCAACAGUUAGAAGACCGGAAUCGAGAACUGCAGAAGGAGGUGGACCAGAGGGAAGCUCUGAAGAAGAUGAAGGAUGUCUAUGAGAAGACACCCCAGAUGGGGGACCCAGCCAGCUUGGAGCCCCGCAUUGCAGAAACCCUGAGUAACAUCGAACGGCUUAAGUUGGAAGUACAGAAGUAUGAGGCUUGGCUGGCAGAAGCUGAAAGCCGGGUCCUCAGCAACCGAGGGGACAGUCUGGGCCGGCACACCCGGCCUCCGGAUCCCCCAGCUAGUGCCCCUCCGGACAGCAGCAGCAGCAACAGCGGGUCACAAGAUAACAAGGAGAGCUCUGAAGACCCCCCAUCAGAAGAGGGCCAGGACACCCCCAUCUACACAGAGUUUGAUGAGGACUUUGAGGAGCCUGCAUCUCCCAUAGGCCAGUGUGUGGCCAUUUACCAGUUUGAAGGGUCCAGUGAGGGUACCAUCUCCAUGACUGAGGGUGAAGACCUCAGUCUGAUGGAAGAGGACAAAGGCGAUGGUUGGACCCGGGUCAGGCGGAAACAGGGAGGUGAGGGCUAUGUGCCCACCUCCUACCUCCGAGUCACGCUCAACUGAACCCUGCCAGAGGCGGGAAGAGGGGGGCUGUCGGCUGCUGCUUCUGGGCCACGGGGGGCCCCAGGACCUAUGCACUUUAUUUCUGCCCCCGUGGCUUUGGCUGAGACCUGUGUAACCUGCUGCCCCCCAUCCCACCUGUCACCCUACGUGGACCUGCUGUGCCUUUCAGCAUCGAUGUACAUACUCGUGUUUCAAAACCUUCCUGCCUCUCGGCUUGAGCCGUUUUGUUUUAUAUAAAAAAGCAAUUCUAUACAAUUC